AUGGCGUUGUCUUAUUUCUCCCCAUGUAAGGCGCUAUUUUUUGUCCGAUCCCCAACAAAAUUGGCUUCUCGUGGUUUGCAGCUUGCUGCUCAAUGUGAUUUCGAACAUAUAAAGCCUCCGCCAUUUGACUUUCUCAGCACGGGUUAUCCACAAUGGCUAAUGUUCGACAAGACUAAACACCGGUUCACCGAAAACACAAAAUUUGUCUGUGUUGAGGGCAAUAUAGCUUGUGGGAAAGGACACGUGGCGAAGAAGAUAGCUGAAUAUUUUGGAAUGAUCCAUCGACCGGAUCCUACCGAUGAUACGAUUUUUACACUAAAAAAUUAUAACCCUCCUAUUGAUGUUCGAAUGCACAAUACCAUGUUGCCCAAAUGGGCUCAGUACUUUACAACUGAAAUGUUUUGGACUGAAGAAGAUCUCAAGGAAAAAGGGAAGCCCAUGUACUUGCAAUAUCAGUAUUAUCUGAACCGAUAUUGGAAUUAUCUCAUUGGUCUCUGUACUCUGUUUCACACUGGAAAGGGAAUUGUUACAGAUCGCAGCCACUUUUCUGACAUGGCUUUUGCAGAAGCUCUUCUAAACUGCGGCUACAUCUCAGAGUAUGCUCAUGACUGGUUUGGUUAUCUGCAUGCAAACACAGCUAUAAAUCUGUGGAAACCGCACCUCAUUGUGUACAUUAAAGCGAGUAUUGAUCAAAUUCAUGAUGAGAUCAAAAAGAGGGGCAUCGCAUGGCAAAUUAAUGCAAAAAACUUGAAUGAUGACUUCUUCUGUGAGUACAGGAAAGCUCUUGAAAUGUAUCUGGAGAAGAUGUCUCGUUACUCCGAGAUUUUCGUUGUUGAUCGGAGUAAUACGGAUAUAUACAACGAUGAUGAUCUCCUUAUUGUUAUGGAAAAGUUAACCGAUAUUGACUACGAAGGUAGGCGUUUGAUUCGUGAUGACUACAAGUUUCUUGAAUGGCGAACUGGUCUGGUAAACGAGCGAUCUGCCACCGAUAAUCGGGCAAAGUUCUCCUCCGCGAUGAUGAAGUUCACGACUCAAUUCAAGAAAUUUCAUAUGCCUUUUGAUAUGACAGAUGGCGUCUACAGUUUCGAUGCAAAGGAGCUUCAAUAUCUUGUUUAUAAGAGGGAUCCUCGGUUGAAGUACCUGCCAGGUUACGAUCCUUCGAAAGACAGUAUACUUCGAAUCCUCUUUGAUCCUUGGCUGGAGAAGCGGAACUUCCGUAAAGAUUGGCCCACCUUCUUCCUUACCUUCUACUAG